GCGCUGUCCGUCGGGAGUGGGUGGCGUGGCGGGCUGGGGCUGACCGUCGGGAAUGGGCAGUGAGGCCUGGGGGGUCUCAAGCGAUGGCAGGGGCUUGCCGGUUCAUAGCCAGCCACGUUCUGGCCAGCUGUGGGGUGGGAUGUGCUAGGUCGUCUCUGAGCGUUGUAUUAGUCCCAACAAGACUUGUGUGGGUUUUAAAUAAUAUUUUUUGUGAGGUGAAAAAUGACGCUUGCUACCUGACGCUGCCGCCGCAACGCUUCGGCUCGCAGGAGAAGCCUUCGAAGGCGUGGUGGGCCUGGCUCCACACGGUGGUAUCUCGGUGCAGUGGUACAGGCAGAAGGACCAGAUGAGGGUCCCCCCUCUCUAGUGCUUUCCAGUGAUCUGAACUGUUACCUUGCAUAAUUGUAACAUCUUAGUAAGAUUUUUAAAUUGCUAAAGUUCUCAAGCUAGCUACUACUGCAACCAACUUUCUGAGACACAUGAGGUCUCUUUAUUGAUUUAAACUAUUACCUUCUAUCUUGAGCACCUCAGGCUGAUACAAAAAUACGUAGAGUAUUAUUUUUUUCAGCAUGCAUGCUAAGAUGAUGUAUUCAAUAUGGCAAAGGGAACUUGGAAUUUGGAUACCAACUUGAGAUUGUGGUGUCUUUAAAGGAAAAAGAUCAGAAUGGAACUUGCAGAAUAGUUCCAUCUGUGCUCAUUUCUGAGAUGAAUACCUGUAUUUUGUGUAGGGUUUUUUUUGUUGGUUUGGUUUUUUUGUUUGUUUUUUAGCCCAGUGCUUUCAAUGAAAUCAUCAAAACAUACAGAAUAAGUAUGCCAGCAUCAAAAAUUCAUCAGAAGAGCAGAACAGAUUUGGCAAAGCCUCCAGUAAAUGAACCGAGGGAACCGGAACAGUUUCUAAUGCAGGCACCCCAGGGAAAUCCACUGCUGCUUUCCCACACCCUACAAGAACUAUUGAGCAAGGAUAGUGUGCAGGUGGAGCUUAUACCUGAGAAGAAGGGUCUUUUUCUGAAACAUGUGGAAUAUGAGGUUUCCAGCAAGAGAUUCAAAUGUUCAGUCUACAGGCGAUACAAUGAUUUUGUGGUGUUCCAUGAGAUGCUGCUUCAGAAGUUCCCAUAUCGUAUGGUGCCAGCACUUCCACCAAAGAGGAUGCUGGGAGCUGAUCGAGAAUUCAUAGAAUCUAGGAGGAGAGCGCUGAAGCGUUUUAUAAACCUGGUGGCUCGACAUCCCCCUUUCUCAGAAGAUGUGCUCUUGAAACUCUUCUUGUCAUUCAGUGGCUCAGAUGUACAGAAUAAGCUAAGAGAGUUGGUCCAGGGAGUAGGAGAUGAAUUUAUGACUUGCAGAUUAGCAACCCAGGCCAAGGACUUCCUUCCAGCUGACAUACAAGCCCAGUUUGCUGCCAGCAGGGAGCUCAUCAGAAAUAUUUAUAAUAGCUUCUAUAAGCUUCGGGACCGUGCGGAGAGGAUAGCUUCUCGAGCCAUUGAUAAUGCCUCAGAUCUUCUCAUAUUUGGAAAGGAGCUAAGUGCUUUGGGCUCAGACACUACACCGCUUCCUUCCUGGGCUGCAUUGAAUAAUAGCACAUGGGGGACCCUGAAACAAGCCUUGAAGGGUCUGUCUGUUGAAUUUGCACUUCUGGCAGAUAAGGCUGUGCAGCAGGGUAAACAGGAAGAGAAUGAUGUGGUGGAGAAGCUGAACCUUUUCCUGGAUUUACUCCAGUCCUAUAAAGACCUGUGUGAAAGACAUGAGAAGGGGGUAUUGCACAAGCACCAGCGAGCCUUGCAUAAGUACAGCAUGAUGAAGAAGCAGAUGAUGAGUGCCACUGUGCAGAACAAAGAACCAGAAUCUGUGGAGCAAUUGGAGUCUCGGAUUGUGGAGCAAGAAAAUGCUAUCCUAACCAUGGAGCUGCGGAAUUACUUCUCUCUCUAUUGCCUGCAUCAGGAGACACAGCUUAUCCACAUCUAUCUGCCUCUCACGUCUCACAUUUUGGGGGCCUUUGUCAACUCCCAGAUCCAGGGUCACAAAGAGAUGAGUAAAGUUUGGAAUGAAUUGAAGCCGAAGCUAAGCUGCCUCUUCGUGGGAUCUAGCAGUAUGCCAACUCCACCAUUGUCACCUCCAGAGGGAAACUUCUUCUCCAAUUAAUGCUCUGAGCAUCUAGCAUGGAGCAAGAAGUGCAGUCAAUGAAGGGGUGGGACCUCUACCUCCAAAUGUUAGAAUGAAUCCUCCAAACAGCUUUUUUUUUUUUUUUUUUUUUUUAAAUACUGCUGCUUUGAGCUGCUCUCCAAUUUAGACAGACUGGAUUUGGGGCAGAACAUACAGAUAUAAAGACAGUCUCUUAAUUUUUAAAUACUCUAGGGCAGUGCUGAUGUUCAUCCUGCAGACACUCUUCAUGGGGUCAGGAUGUGACCUGGUGCAGUGAGCGCUGCGGUGUUGUAGCUGAUGCCUCUGCAUCUUGUACUAACAGUCCUUGGAUGUUUAUCUGCACACACGCUGACACAUCUCUGAAGUGCUGAGAUGAACAGGAUAUCUGAAGCACUUGUUUGUAGUAGAGAUGGAUUGCCUUUUAAGCUAGGGAGAUCCUGUGUUAGGGACAUGCGUGCAUAAGGAAAGCUGAAAGCCAUCCCCCACCUCAUUGAUAGGUGUAUGGAUUUGAUUUCUUCCUGCUAGACCUUAGCACAGAAUACAUGAAUGGUGUGGUUGGAUUCGUAACCCAGCUGGGCAGGGGUCAGCGCUGCUGUGUGAUGGUAAUUUUCCCAGCAGGGCUAGGCGGACUGUGCUGUCAGUGUGUUUCAGUUCACAGUGGCAGGACAGCCUAGGCACUUGCUUGUAUUUUCCAGUUUGGGGCCAAAGACAACUCGGUUCAGGAACUCAGAGGAGUUUGCCUGGCAUAAAUGAGAAAAUAAUUGAAUAAAACACUGCUUAAUUGUAAACCACUGCCACUAUACGAGCAGAACAGCUACAAGGUAGCUUGUUUAUUUUCUUCUGGGGGUUUUGACAUCCAUCUGUUGAGUAGCUGUUCAGGACUAUUGGAGAGCUGCUGAGCCUAAGGCUGGUGUUUUCUUUGGUCUAGUAUCAGGUGAAGUAUCCUGUUACGCCAGCAGGCUGGGACACAAUGCUGAUAAAGUUCAUCAGUACUUAUCAGGAUGUUACUGUCAUUCUUUUUUCUGGCUGUGGGUAGCAUUGGAGUGUGUUUGUGAAGAAGGGAAGACAAUGAAGUGACCGUUCUCUAACUCAAAAUAGCAGGGUCCUUGGUAAUGGGGUUUUCAGAACAAUUUGUGACUCUGAUAAAGGGACUAAACAUUAUCCAUGUUUCACUUUGUAUCUCUGGUGACUUUCCCUUAGAGGUAAAGGGUAGGGGGAGGAGAACUUGCAUGUUAUGUUACCUUAGGGGAAAUUGUGCAUAUCCUCCAGACAAGCCGAUAACAAGAGAACUGCAAGUGUAUGCAGCAAAACUCUGCAUGAACAGGACCCCCCUGAACUUAACUUCUCUGGGGUCGAAAUAGCUGCCAAAGGGGAAUUUGAGACUUGGCUUCUUAGCGUUUUCUUUGAGCGGGUAAAAAGGAAGCACGUUAACAAGGAUGAGUGCUCACUGUCAAACUGGAACCAUUACAGUAUUUUCCCAUUGAGGAACUUCCCUAUUAGCAGGAAAUAUAUUUAAAUCAUCCAAUCACAAAAGCUUUUUUUCUUUUUAAUUUAGAAAAUUCAAUGCAGCAUGAAGCUGCUCUUAGUCCAGGUGAAAAUUAUGGGUUAGUUCCUUCAGCUAGGAGCAAGAUAAGAAGUUUCUUGCCCAGUUUCAUGAGACUGUCAUAACCAUUACACAUACCCUUCAAAAUGUGGUAACGUGCAUUUAUGUGGGUGAAUUUCUUGGGUGCUGAGCCUUGAAGAGUAUGUAGGGUAUCUUGUUUAACAGCCUUGCUGAGAAUGUAUUAUUAAGAGCUUUUUAUAGCAAUUUAAAUGUUAACUCUCUUCUGAGUCUUGCCUCACUGUGUAUUGGCCUUGUCCAGCGAGAGAGAUUAACUGCAAAUGGCUGUGACAGAUCUGAUUCUCUCUCCUGAAGAUUUCCAAAGCGAUGCAGAAGAGAUUCUGCUCACAAGCUCAAGAGCAAACUGGCUGGGGAGGGAGAUGUUUCUACAGUGCAGUAACAAGAUACUGUCUCAAGAACGGCACAAAAGGUUUUUCUGCCUGACCUUGUCUUGAUUAGGAAGAUAGUUUGUGGUGUGGAAAGCGUGUCACCCUGUUUUUAAAUGCUCUUUGCUCCUAGCACCUUUAGAAGGUGCUGACUGGUUAUGGCCUGUCACUUGGUUAGUCUUGGUACCCAUCCUCACCACAUCAGGCAAGCAAGGCUAAAUGAGGGAACAGCCAGACUGAAAAUACUGUUAUGUUUUGGGGCAAGAUCUGGUAUCUGUAUGAUGGAUCUUCUGUGUAGUUUGGCUGGCUGGGGUAGGUGACUGGGCUAUGUUCUGUAGGAGCAUUUGCAAAGCAUUAGCCCGAAUGGAACUUCGUACUUCUCAUAUGUAGAAAAAAAGUUUCAGUUUUGGGCUUUAUUUAAAAACAAAAAACCAGAAAAACACCAAAACCACAUUUGGGCUUUAAACUAACUCCUCUUUCCUGUUCUGCUUCAAAGCAAGAAUUCUGCAGUCCAAAUGCGGAGACUGUAACAACGAUAAACAGAGACCACAUGACCUAUAAGAAACUGGAAUUAUGUUGUUUUGAGAGAACACCCAUUCCUCUGUUGUCAGCCCUUGCCUCUUUGAGGAGAGCAGUUUUGGGGAUGAGGUUUUCUUGUCUUGGUUUUACUCUGUUCAAGUAGUAUUUUGAGAACGGAGGCCUAGUAUUCUCAAAGCUGAUACAGCUAACAGCACUUUCAGAGUUCAUUUCAUACUGAACUGUCAAGCUUCUGUCUCAUUCCUAAGUACAUGGAUGUGCUAUUUCACACAACCAGUAGUUUGCAAACGUUAUUUUUGGGAGACUAGUCAGUGUGCAAAUAGCACUGUGAUGUUUACCUCCAUAUGUGAGGGAUUUCCUUAGUGUUUUUGUUCUGUUUAGUGUAGGGAUCUGUCAAGACUCGGAGAGCAGCAUCAAGUACAGCUUCCUUCCUCUAGAGGAAAGCAGCAGGGAAUCAAUCGAGAUGACUUCAGUUGUCAGUCUCCCCUAGUCAGUGUAGGGGAAACAGUUCUAGUUACCUCCAUGCUAUUGCCUUCUGCAGCAAACAGCCUAGCUAUACGCAAGGGUGAGAACAAGACUUAAUGCGAGCUGGUUCUGUUGCUGGUGGCUGGGUAGACUGCAAUAAACACUAAGCAAACCAGAAGACCAAUUGAAGAGUGCGUGCUGCCUAUCCAAGAACUGAUGCUCCUCCAAGAUGUAGCGCCAAAGAGUUAAUGUGCCUUCUUGAAUGGAAGCUUUCUGUGUAUUGCUUAAGGUCACAGGGACUUUCAUGUGUGCAAAAUAGUAACAGUAGAAAAGGCCUCUAAUUGUUCUGUCAGUGUCAAAUCUGUCAUGGACAUACCUGGGCACUAAACAGCCGAGAACCUGAACUUUGCCUGAAAAUUAUUUUAUCAAAAGGGCUAUAUGCUUUUGUCACUCCUGAGAUCUCCUCUGCUUCAAGCUGUAAAGUAGCAAUAUACAGGCUUUUUGACCAGUAUUGUGUGUUGAAAGGCUUUCCGAACUGUAUUUACAAUACAACCUUAAUCUUUGAUCCUUCUUUCUCUCUCCUUCCAUCUUCCUUACAAGUUGCUUCUCCUAAGUUGUAACAUAUUUUCAACAGUGCCUUGCUGCAUCCCAGUGCUUUUACUCUUCUACUUUGCUAAUGCAAGGGUGUAAUUCCUGCACUUUGUAACAGGCUAAUUUACAAUUUUCAGUUUGAGCUGUUUCCUAAAAGACAAAGAUCACCAGCUGGGGACAGAACUUACUUAAAACAUGCCAAUCUCCAUAGCUGCAGCAGGUUCACUACUCUGGCACAAGCUAGAAGUCAGUGCUGGUGAAAGCAUCUUCAUAAAGGGAUUGAAGUGACUGCAGAAGAGGGGAUAGCAAACAGAAGUGCAAGCCUGAGCCGCACUUAUUCUUUUUCUGCCUGAACUCCUGGAGGAACAGAAGGUAAUUUGCUCCCUCACCAUGCAAUUUACAGUUUCUACCAGGAAAUAGAUCAAGAUAAUGAAACAGGUAUCGGCUGCCAGUCAUUCACUUUCCUACCACACAGUAAGCUCUUACGCCCUGUUACAAGCUACCUAUCACCUUGUGCUUAUUUUCUCUCCUCUACUUGCCUUGAAGCCAGAAACCCUUACUGCUAUGUCAGAAGCAGAGGUGAGUAUCAAAACCCCUAAGCAGCACAAAAGGAAAAGAAAGAUUCUAAGGUGUUAGCUCGAAGUCUGAGCUGUGGCUGACUGAGCAUAUGAAGAAGGGCAUUUUUGAGUGGUAUAAAUUAUUCAGAACUGCUGGAGGGAGACAAGAAGAAACUAUCUUGUUCAGAGGGUGUGAAUUUUGCCUGCCUGGAAUAUCCUGUAUCUUUGCUUUGCUCAAAUAGCCUUAUGUAUGAAGCACUUUAUCCAAAUGCAGGAAUUAAAGAACUAUUACUACAACUGGUAGACUGGAAAUGUUUACAGAUCCUAUAUUACAUUCCAAGAUUCUAUCUGUAAGUGUUAUAUGUGUUUGUAAAAGUGUUUAAAACAAAAAAAACAAAACAAAAC